CAGUUGUUUUAACUUUUAGCCACUCCGCCUUCCCCUGAAAACCCUGGACAACAAAACUGACCGCUUUCUGAGUGCGAUUUCAGAGAUCUGAAGAUGGUUCAAAUGUCUAAGGUGCCAGGAAAAGAGAUCCCAUCGCUAAAGGCUGGCCACCCCCCAGCAGUGAAAGCGGGGGGCAAGAGGGUGGCCAAGAAAAGUUCGGAGGAGAGUGGAAGUGCUGAGAAGGACACCAAGAGGCCAGCUGAGAAGCCGAGAUCUCUCGCCACUUCUCCCGGAAUGCAGUCGGUCAAUAUUUUGUUAGUGGGGACUCUUGAAAAGUUGGGGCACGAGUUUCCCACCUCAGCAGUGAGCAUCAGGCACAGCAACGUCAUACCAGCCGUGGAGAAAACACACUCGCCUAAGGUCUUGCACAUCCACCAGCCCCGCAAAUGUUGAGUGAAGAUCUUCAUUCUGCAGACCAUGGACGUCUAAACAGUUUAAACAGAGAAACCUGAGCGUUUGUUAGGUUUUCCAUGUGACUGGGUUCCAGGGACCUAGACAUUAUCCUACACAAAUGUCAGUCUUUCUCAAUCAAUUUGUCUGGAAUAUUAAGAUGGAAAUUACUUCCAUAGAAUUCCAGUGCUGAACACUGGCCUUAAUUUUUUCUAAUUUGUUUAUACAAAAGCUCAUUCAUUUCUUCUCUUUAGUGUUUCUUGGGUUCAAGGCUAAAUCUUUAUUAUAUUAGUAUUUGAUGUAAUCUUUAGUUAUUAAAAAACUCCCAGUACUUAAGCUUCGUGAUCAUAUCUGUACUUAAUUUCAUAAAUAUGAAUUGUGCAUUAUUUCAAAUUAUACUGCGUUUUUGUAGAUAAUUGCCUGGCCACUUCACUGUAAGGCUGUGCAAAAUCAGAUCAUUUGUCUUCCGUGUUAAUCUUCAAUUACAGCACGUUUUAUUUUCUUGUGCUUCAUGCCACCUACUCUCAGCAGUUAUCAAUGAGCUCACGUUUAUGACCUUAUAAAACCAAAAUUUGUUGAUGACAUGCAUGUUAAUGGUAGCACCCCUCCUUUUGAAAUAUAACCUUAAACUGUGUUUCUGUGUAUGAUCGCUCUGCUUUGUCGUGUUGGGUAUAUCCAGAAAAGGUGUUAAAGAGCUUUAACAUUUCAAGUUUUUAUUAUCCUGUGUACACAAUACAGUGAAAUUCACACCUAAAGACUGUAGUGCGAAAUACAUAUAAGUUUAAAGUA